CCAGUUGCCACUUGUUUUACACUAGUGCUCGUCGUCGAUUUGUGCUGAGCUGCUACAGGACCUGCGAUAAUGGCCCUCAUAAAAGAUUCAUCUGAGCGUGAAUCCAGACCGCCGUCAGGACAAUCCAACAAAACUGGCUCUCGACGUCCUUCUCCAGCCAGAGGGGUUACUCCGCCGUUGAACGCAACGGAGACUCUCGCAUCUUUGAGGGGAAAUGAGGCCAGCGCUCAGCAAAAAGAUGCCGAAGUAGGCAGCCGGACUAAGUCCAAAACUCCGCCAGGACCUCAGCCAACAUACCAACAGCACUAUUAUCCUUACCCCCCGCCCCCUCCUCCGCCACAUAUGUAUUCUGUCUCUCCUUAUGAAAGCAGUUGGGGUCGAAUGAUGCCUCCACCACUACCACCUGCUUCCGGAGACCGUGGCAGAGAUCCUCGAGGCUCAGAAUCACCUGUGGCCGGAGGCUCGCCUGGCUAUCCACAGUCGGGCAUGCCUGGAUACCCUCAUCCUCAUCACCACCAUCAUCAUCAUCAAGGUCACCAUCCCCAUCCUCAUGAUCCUUAUCCUCCUCUUCCGCAUCAUUAUGCCCACUCGGCUUACCCGUAUGGCAAUCCAAAUGGCCCACACAUGCCUGUAUACCCAGUACAGACCAGUUACACUUACAAUCCUGCUGGUGUUACUGCCUACGGCUCUCACCCUCCUCCUUAUAGUGGCCCUGGGGGGCAUGGGACUGUAGGAAGCAAUUACAGCCAUAAUGGAGCAGAGCCGAUGAAUAUGCCUCCCUCCUCCGAAUCCGAUAGCAAUAUCCACUCCAUCGGCCCUGGCGCCCCUCCUUCCGUUCCUGGGAAUGGAUUUGCUGCAAUUACUGCCACACUCACCCCUACUCCGAUCCCAGAAUCUGAGAUCAUAUAUACUGAAGAUGCUGCGACCAAGGUGACAGAUCGGAUUCGAAGAAGAUGCUAUAAUUGCUACACCAGUGAUACCAGUACUUGGAGGCGAAGUAAUCUUGCUGUAGGAAAAGUGCUAUGCAACAAAUGCGGUUUGUUCGAACGAACUCAUUCUCGUCCUCGUCCAGAACAAUUUCCUCACAAACGGACAUCGUUGGGCGGAGAGGGCGAAGGAGGCAACCAGUCUCCUUCAUCACCAUCCUACUCACUUACUCCUGUGCCGUCUCAAUCACCCUUGCACUCUCAAGAUACAUCAUCGAGACCGGUCCUCCCUCAUAGGGAGAGUAUCGGUCCUACAAAGAGGAACAAGAAAGCCAAACUUGGUCAUGAUAAACCAGAGUCUGAUUCGAAAGCUCAAAGUAUCGCUCCCGUCCCUACUUCAUCUUCUGGCGGCCCUCCUGGCCCAGUCUCAGCUUUACAUGUUCCCUCUCAGGCCAAUGGUUUAGUGUUACCUACUUCAGACACACCUUCCAAUUCCCAUCACUUACCUGUCGGCCUAGCCAAUCUUACCCAUCCUCACCCGCCUCAACAUCAGCCAUACUAUGGAAACCAACCCAAUAGCUCACCCCAUCCAUCUUCUUAUCCGACUCAUCCUAGCCAUUCUUCUCACACAAUGUAUGCUGGUGGUGCUUUUGGUGUUCCCUUGCAAUAUAAUGGGUACCCAAGUAGUAAUGGUUUUGCCCUUCCACCUAUCGGAGGGCCUGCGUUGAAUGGAUACGAGUACACGCAGCCCCACAACCAUUCUCACCAACAGCAGCAACAACAUUCUGGCCCGCCUCCGCCACAAAGAGCAAGUGCCCCUGUAUCAGGUUUGCAAGGCCUGCUCAAUGGCGUCGAUGGCCGUGGAAGGGACAGCCGUGAAUCGUCUGCUCCCGCUCCAUUCCGAAAAUCAUCAGACGUACCCAUCGACCCUUCGUUGAGCCAAAGCAAUGACGGCAUGAAGGAAAACGACCAGGACAAUAGUCCUUCUCGCAGGAAUAUUGCGAAAGAAUUGGACGUGUCUCCUUCAGAGAAGUCGGGCGACCUACAGGUAAAAUCCAAGUCUACAACUUCAAAAUCUCCUACGAAAUCCUCUACCGGCACUCGCGUCCCUCGUAAAUCUGGGAAACCCCAUGAUGAAUCUCUGGAUUCCCAUACUCCUCGACCAAAUGGCGUCGGAAAGGCUACUACUCAAAGAGACGCUUCGCCCGAAUCAGCGUCAGAUUAUCACUCUUCGUUGUCUGAUGGUAAUUAUCCCGGUAAUGCUGAUGAAGAAGAAGCAAGUGGGAGUGGAGAUGACUAUACUUCAGAGGGCGACGAUGACGACGGAAGUGGUGAUUAUAAAAUCAGUGGAAGCAGAGGUACGAAAGGUAGAAGGGGGAGACCUGUCCGUUCGGUUGCAAAGAGACAAACCAGGAUGGGCAGCGGUGCUGUCGGGGGCAAGAGGAAGAGGAGCUUGAGGGGUUCUAGUCCCGCCGGCGACGACUGAUUCAGCUUUCUUUUUUUUUCUUAUCUAUGGUCGCUUGCUGCUAUGUCCCCGUUCUUUCUGUUAUUGAUGGUUUCAGUGAUGUCGGUGAACAUUCUUCAAUGUUGUU